CUAGGCGGGGCUGGGUCUUUCUGGAAGUUACCAUGGUAACCGGGCCUAGCAGGCAGGCUUAGGGGGCGAGAACGGAUAAUUUAUUAAGAUUAUGAAUUAAAAGUAAUAUAUUAAUAUUCUGGUUGUACAGACGUCAGAAUGCCCCCCAGAGAGACUAAGUUCGGGGCUUCCCCAUCACACCUUUUCCAUAUUAAUGUACAAUAAAGUGUCACGUGUGAGUUUUAAUACACGUGUACUUUAAGCCUGGGUAACAGGAUCGAGAACCUGUACUAUAUUAGUAGAGGAAGUGGGCUUUAAUCCACACGCACACCCCAUUUUAACUUGGGGUGUGUAAGAGUUUCUACUUCCAUAAAUUGGCCGUUUUGAUUCUACACGCCUCACAGAUUCUUCUUGAUGGCCUCUGGACUAGUGAUCACCCCACUCUCCCGCUGUCUCCAUCGAAGAUGGUGAAGCUGGACAUCCACACAUUAGCUCAUCACCUCAAGCAGGAGCGGCUCUACGUGAACUCGGAAAAGCAGCUGAUCCAGAAGCUCAACGCUGAAGUGCUGAAGACCGCCGAAAAGCUGUACCGCACGGCAUGGAUCUCCAAGCAGCAAAGGAUUAACUUGGACCGACUCAUCAUAACGAGUGCGGAAGCGUCCCCGGCCGAAUGCUGCCAGCAUGCGAAAGUCCUGGAGGACACCCAGUUUGUGGACGGCUACAAGCAGCUGGGCUUCCAAGAGACGGCCUACGGGGAAUUCCUGAACCGGCUGCGGGAGAACCCUCGCCUGAUCGCCUCCUGCCUGGUUGCAGGAGAGAAGCUCAACCAGGAGAACACGCCAAGCGUCAUCCAUACGGUCUUCACUUCCAUUUAUGGCAACUGCAUCAUGCCGGAAGAUGAAAGCUACCUCCUCCAGGUCUUGCGGUACUUGAUUGAGUUUGAACUCAAGGAGAGCGACAACCCUCGGCGGCUUUUGCGGAGGGGCACCUGCGCCUUCAGCAUCCUCUUCAAGCUCUUCUCCGAGGGGCUGUUUCCCGCCAAGCUCUUCCUCACCGCCACCUUGCACGAGCCCAUCAUGCAGCUGCUGGUGGAGGACGAAGACCACCUGGAAACGGAUCCGAACAAACUGAUCGACCGCUUCUCCCCCGCCCAGCAGGAGAAGCUCUUUGGGGAGAAAGGCACGGAGAAGUUCCGGCAAAAGGUCCAGGAGAUGGUGGAGUCGAACGAGGCCAAGCUGGUGGCGCUGGUGAACAAGUUCAUUGGCUACCUCAAGCAGAACACCUACUGCUUCCCGCACAGCUUGCGGUGGAUCGUGUCCCAGAUGUACAAAACGCUCUCCUGUGUGGACAGGCUGGACGUUGGCGAAGUGCGGGCCAUGUGUACGGACCUCCUCCUCGCCUGCCUCAUUUGUCCUGCGGUGGUCAACCCGGAACAGUAUGGGAUUAUCUCUGACGCCCCCAUCAAUGAAGUGGCAAGGUUUAACCUGAUGCAGGUUGGGCGGCUCUUGCAGCAGUUGGCCAUGACCAGUUCCGAAGAAGGGGAUCCUCGCACCAAGAACCAGCUGGGCAAAUUCGACAAAGCUUGCGUGGCUGCGUUCUUAGAUGUUGUCAUUAGCGGGCGGGCGGUGGAAACGCCUCCCAUGUCCUCGGUCAACCUUUUGGAAGGGCUGAGCCGGACAGUCGUGUACAUGACCUACGGACAGCUCACCGCCCUGGUCAGCUUUAUGCGCAGCGUCAUGUCCGGCGACCAGCUGAAGGAAGACCGGAUGGCUCUGGAAAGCUUGCUGCUGAACUUACCCCAGCACAAGCCUGGCAAAAGCAGCAGCCUAGAAAUGACGCCUUACAACACCCCGCAGCUUUCUCCUGCGACCACGCCAGCCAACAAAAAAAAUCGGCUGCCUAUAGGACAACAGCUGGCAGCCAUUACUGCCUGGGACGCUACCGCCACUAAUCUGACGGCCCACAUAAACCUAGUAACCCCAUUUGCGACCCGCAGCAGGAGCCGAUCCAAUAUGCAGGCAGACCAGCACACGGACCAUGAUGGAUUCUCCCAGGAGACAAUACAAGAGGUACAGCCGGAAGAAGUCCUGGUUAUUUCCCUCGGGACGGGACCUCAGAUCACUCCUGGAAUGAUGUCAGAAAAUGAGGUUUUAAACAUGCAGCUUGCUGAUGGAGGGCAAGGAGGUGUCGCUGUUGAUGAAACCAAGCUCCAUGGUAAACCUGAUAAAACCUUGCGCUUUUCCCUCUGCAGUGAUAAUCUGGAAGGCAUAUCUGAAGGCCCUUCGAACCGCUCCAAUUCCGUGUCCUCGCUGGAUUUGGAAGGGGAGUCGGUGUCGGAAUUGGGCGCGGGCCCGUCUGGAAGCAACGGGGUAGAAGCGCUGCAGCUGCUGGAACACGAGGAAGCCACCACCCAGGAUAAUCUUGAUGACAAGCUCCGUAAAUUUGAAAUCCGUGACAUGAUGGGUCUGACGGAAGACAGGGACAUCUCGGAAACGGUGAGCGAGACCUGGAGCACGGACGUUCUCGGGAGCGACUUUGAUCCGAAUAUUGACGAAGACCGGCUGCAGGAAAUUGCAGGAGCUGCCGCAGAGAAUAUGCUGGGGAGUCUGCUCUGUUUGCCUGGAUCAGGAUCCGUGCUCUUUGACCCUUGCACAGGCUCCACCAUCUCUGAAACCACCAGCGAAGCUUGGAGUGUGGAAGUCCUCCCCAGCGAUUCAGCUCCAGACCUGAAACAAGAAGAAAGGCUGCAGGAACUGGAAAGCUGCUCUGGUGUGGGAAGCACCUCUGAUGAUACCGAUGUGCGGGAGGUCAGUUCUCGCCCCAGCACGCCGGGCCUCAGUGUUGUGUCAGGGAUUAGCGCAACCUCCGAAGACAUCCCGAACAAGAUGGAAGAUCUUCGCUCUGAGUGUAGCUCCGACUUCGGUGGGAAAGAUUCAGUCACAAGCCCUGACAUGGACGAAACGGCCCACGGUGGCAGUCAGCUGACCUCUCCUCCGUCUCAGGCAGAGUCCUUGCUCGCCAUGUUCGACCCCUUGUCUUCUCACGAAGCAGUAGUGCGACCCAAAGUCCACUACGCAAGACCUUCGCACCCGCCCCCGGAUCCCCCGAUCCUGGAAGGAACCUUGGGAGGCAACGAUGCCAGGCUGCCUAACUUCGGCUCUCACACCACCGUUCUCAUGGACUCGGAGGCUUUCAAGCAGCGCUACUCUUACCCGGAGAGGCUGGUGCGGAGCAGGAGCUCCGAUAUCAUGUCCUCCGCUCGGAGGCCGAUGAGCGACCCCGGCUGGAACAGGAGGGCCGGCAACGAGGAGAGGGAGCUUUCUGCCUCCGGGAGUGGCUUCGGGGGAGUCCCCUUGAUCGGCGCCCCUCCGUCUUCUUCCUCUUCUCCUAGCAAAGAUUCCUGUAGAGGAGAGGUUGAAGACCGGAAAGACAGUGAUGAUGAAAAACCGGACCGCAACAAGCCUUGGUGGCGGAAGCGUUUCGUUUCAGCUAUGCCGAAAGCUCCGAUCCCGUUUAGAAAAAAAGAAAAACAGGACAAGGAUAAAGACGAUUUCAUGCCUGACAGAUACGCCUCUCUUCAAGAUGAUACUGGUCCAAGGCUGAGCGCUCAGGCCCAAGCGGCCGAAGACAUUCUGGACAAGUACAGGAAUGCGAUUAAGCGCACCAGCCCCAACGAGGGGGCGGUCGUGAGCUACGACAGCACAGAUGCCAUCGGUGACGGGGAGAGCAUCCACGACUCUCCACGGGACGACGCCUUGCAGAACAUGUCUGCGGACGACCUCCCGGAUUCUGCCAGCCAAGUAGCACAACCGCAGGAUUCUGCGUUCUCCUACAGGGAUGCAAAGAAGAAGCUGCGGCUCGCCCUCUGUUCCGCGGACUCGGUGGCCUUCCCGAUGUUGUCUCACUCCACGCGGAAUGGCCUUCCGGACCACACGGACCCCGAAGACAACGAGAUCGUGUGCUUCCUAAAAGUUCAGCUGGCAGAAGCCAUCAACCUUCAGGACAAGAACCUGAUGGCCCAGCUCCAGGAGACGAUGCGCUGUGUGGGGCGCUUCGACAACAGGACGUGUCUCAAACUUCUGGCCUCCAUCACAGAGGAUUAUAGGAAAAGGGCUCCAUAUAUCGCGUAUCUGACGCGAUGCCGCCAGGGCCUCCAGACCACCCAGGCCCACCUCGAAAGGCUGUUGCAGAGAGUCCUGCGCGACAAGGAGGUGGCCAACCGGUACUUCACCACCGUCUGCGUUCGGCUGUUGCUGGAGAGCAAAGAGGCGAAGAUCCGGGAGUUCAUUCAAGAUUUCCAGAAGCUGACGGCCGCGGACGACAAGACGGCCCAGGUGGAAGACUUCCUCCAGUUCCUGUACGGGGCGAUGGCCCAGGACAUCAUCUGGCAGAACGCCAGCGAGGACCAGCUGCAGGACGCCCAGCUGGCCAUUGAGCGCAGCGUCAUGAACCGCAUCUUCAAGCUGGCGUUUUACCCCAACCAGGACGGGGAUAUCCUGCGGGACCAGCUUCUCCACGAUCAUAUCCAGAGGCUCUCCAAAGUUGUGACUGCGAAUCAUAAAGCGCUUCAGAUUCCCGAGGUCUAUCUGCGCGAAGCCCCAUGGCCGUCGGCACAGUCGGAAAUCCGCACCAUCAGCGCCUACAAGACGCCCCGGGACAAGCUGCAGUGCGUCAUGAGGAUGUGCUCCACCAUCAUGAACCUGCUGAGCCUGGCCAAUGAAGACUCGGUCCCUGGAGCAGAUGAUUUUGUCCCAGUCCUUGUGUUUGUGCUCAUAAAGGCCAACCCGCCUUGCUUGCUGUCCACCGUCCAGUACAUCAGUAGCUUCUACGCCAACUGUCUGACCGGAGAAGAAUCCUACUGGUGGAUGCAAUUCACGGCGGCCGUGGAGUUCAUUAAGACCAUCGACGAACGCAAGUGACGCCGCAGCCAGAACGGCUCAAAGAAACGGACCUCUACGAAUGUAACACGUUGACUGUUUUCCUAACCCUUUCCCGGGCCCUUUAAGAGGGAAGAAAAAAAAACAACUUUUGUAUGUAGAUACUGUACAACGACCAGGCAUUUUAAAAGAAAUCUUUACUAAUCAGACUAAUUCCAAUAGGGUGGUUUGGGGAAUAUUGUUUGGCUGUGUGUGUGAGUGUGUGUGUGUCUCCCUCCCUCCCCUUUUUAAAAUUCCCUUUUCCCUUAAAAACUAGCACUGUGUCAAAUCAUAAAUGAAAAAGGGACCACAUUGUAAAGGUUAUGGUAGAACGUCCAGGCCUUUUUUUUUCUCCUCCAGCUGCCACAACAUCCGUGUUGACAAUAUUUUUCUAACACUUCAAUUCACUUUUUUUUUAAAAAGUACAUUUAAAAAAAAAAAAAAAUCAACCCUGGGUGCUGGGGAAAUGCGGCCAGCCUUUGCUAGGGAUCUCCUUAGUGACAUCAUCCUUCCCCUCCCUUCUUCUUCUUUUUUUUUGGCCAGAGGAAGAUGUGCAGCCGCAGGGAAGCGCGUGCAGAUAAGUGGAUGCAAAAGGGCACCCCGGAGUCGUGAAAGAACCGUGUAAAUAUAAAACAGUUGCAAUAUGCCUAACAGACCUCUGCCACCGUUGGCCUUGUGAGCCUGCCGUUUUGGCGGCGAGUGUGUGUGUGCGUGUGUGCGAGUGUGUGUGUAAGUGACCCUUUUUUCUCUCUCUCCCUGGGUCAAUGCAACCAACCGCCAUGACAUUUAAGCUAGGCUUUGGGGGCGGGGGGGGGGAAACGGCCAAAGCCCCAGUAUUUAUUAAAAUGUAAACGCUUAUGGAACAUUUAGUGGUGUUAAACUGGAAACGUUUCACAGGGCUUUUGCAUACGUGUUUUUUUUUUUUUUUAAUUUGGGGGAAAACGGGGACAUUAAAGUCUUUCAUGUAUUGCACAGAAAUGAUGAAGCUUAGGGGUUUAUAAAGAGAGAUUGUUUGGGGGGGGAAAGGGUCUAAUAUAAAACAAUAUCAAUAUCUUGCUAGGUUUGUUUUCUCCUGCCCUUUCUGAAAUACUGUGUAUAUUGUACAAACCCCAAACACAAUUUUCCUUAUAAAACCAGAAACUGUAAUAUAUAUUUUGAUUAUUCAUAUUAAAAACAUACGCUGGG